AUGUCCAAGAAUUCAAGAUCGAAGUCAACAACUUCCACCACUACCAUCCUCGGUCUCACGAUCCUCUUCCUGAUUCUGGUAUCUCAGCUCACAUGGAUCGGGUGGAAGAUCGACAAUUCAUUUGAGAUAUCAUCUUCAUGUCUUUACAAUUCGAGCAUUAACGAUUCUCGACAGUCUGCCACUCCACUUUCACUUGACAAAAGGACUGGUCCCAGCAUUGCCACAGGUCUGAGGAGUGUCUUUCAACAUCUCAGAGCUGUCGUGAACAAGGUAAAGGACAAAAUCAUGAAGAAUGAUAGAGAGCAAUCACCAUCAAAAUCUGAUUUUAUUGUAAAUUUGAACCAUAACGAGAAUUCCUUCACCACCGAUCAAUUGUAUCUGAUCAACAAAUACCCUAAGCCCGUUCGUAAUCUAUACAUAUCAACUUUCCAUUCUAUCCACCGUUAUCCCGAUCCCCAAGCUGCUCCCAUCUCAACAAUAUCAGAGACCAUAAAAUGGAAGACUUUGCAUCAAACACUCAAUUUAAGUCUUACCCUCCAAACUCCCGAAGUAGGUAGACAGCUCUUAUCAAAUCUUCAGCCAGUUGAUCAAUAUGGUGUGAAACAUCAAUUCGAGUUGUUCAACCUUGCUGCGCAGUUCGACGAUGUAUAUGCAGCUAGCAGGGUGAUCGCAUCGAUAAGAGGGUACGAUAGUGAUUGGGCUAAUUGGAAUGAUUGA